AUGGCCACCUUCCGAACUAGACCCUCGAUCUCCCUCCUCUCCCUCACGACCCUCCUCCUCUCCGCCAGCACCGCCCUCGCCCAUGGCGGCCACGACAAGAUCCCCGAAGGCGAGGCCGUCUCCGCCGAACCCCUUGGCAGCACCAUGUGGGCGCACAUCCUCAUUCAGUCCACAGCCUGGGGGAUCCUCUACCCGACAGGAAUGGUCCUCGGCAUGGUCCGGUCACGUUUCCACGUCCCUGUUCAAGUCCUUGCUACGGCUCUGGCGAUUGUGGGAUACUUCAUUGGCCACGCGCAUGGAGGACGGCAGUUUGGACCGAAUGUGCAUGCCAAGUUUGCGAAUUGGUUGAUGUUGAUUAUGAUUGUGCAGGUGGUGAUUGGAGUGUAUCUCAGACUGCACAUUGAGAGGGGUUUUCUGGGAAAGAUACGGAAGGGAUUGGUCAGGACGCAUGCGAUAUUGGGUGGGAUACUGCCUGUGGCGUCAUGGGUGCAGAUGUUGUUUGGAGGGAUUGCGGCGCAGGGAUUCUGUCAAGGGGAUCACUUGGGACAGUGCGCAGCGCAUUUCAUCAUGGGCUCUGCGUUUAUUGCGUAUGGGAUUGUCUUGACUUUGCUGUUGUUGAAUGGGCAGCCUUUCCUGGCGAGGACGGGGAGGAGUCAAGAGUUUUGGGACAGUUUGAUUAUUGCUCUAUGGGGAUGUGUGAACACUUUCACAGAGCACAGAUGGGGAGGACCUUGGGUUAGGAAUGACUUGCAGCACACGAGCAUGGGUAUCAUUUGGUGGGCAGCUGGACUUGUCGGCAUCUGGCUCUCUCGUGACAGGCAAGGACGGCCGAAGCGGAAUCUCAUUCCUGGAAUCGUCAUCUUCAUGACUGGAUGGGGAAUGAGCGCGCAUCCACAAGAUCUUGAACUCAGCACACACGUCCACUCCAUCUUUGGCUACACUCUGAUGAGUGCCGGUUUGACCAGGAUCAUCGAGAUCAGCUUCAUCCUUCGAGACAAGAACACGCUUGUCGGACCAGAGGGUGGCGACGUGGAUCCUGAAAUCAACAGCUUCCAGUAUCUGCCCAUCUUCUUGCUCUAUGCGUCGGGCUUCCUCUUCAUGGGCGCCACCGAGGAACAGAUGCGACUCCUUUCUGAUGCUGGAGUCACGCAUGUGUCCUACAUUCUGAUAUUGUACAGCAUAUCAUUUCUCCUCUUUCUCUUUGUCCUCAUGCUCCUCCAUCUGUACUCAGCCUACGCAAAUCCACAGCAAAACAACAAGAACCCAGUGAAACUUGGCGACGAAGAACGACCGCUCGCCAAUGGCCAUGCACGCAUACCCAACGACAUUGACCGCCAGUCCCACGAUGCCCAGGAGUUUGAGCUCGAGGGACUCAUGAGCGACGACGAGGAGCCAGAUGCUUCCAAGGCGAAUGGCCAUACCACCAGAUCUUAG